UUCUGUGUAACUCAAGGGAUAUUUGGUUUCUUUUUAAUCGCUUGCAUUCUAUAUGCUUACAGAAAUAGACAAAGGCCGAAUGUAGCCUAAAUAUACAUUUUUGUGAUACUAAUGUGUAUUUUAAAGCUCCACAAGUAACCACUUUAGUAGGCUGUCAAUCAAAACUCUGCCGUCGUAUUAGGUUGAGACUCUAGAGCUUUUCCACGUCAGUGUGUUUACCAGGAUCAGAUUGACAAAUGCAGGAAGGUGUUCUGUAUAUUCACUUAUGGGGCAUUCUUGACGAGUGACCGAUUUGGAAAAAAUACGAUAUCAAACAGUGGAAUGUUGAGAAUUUGUAGUUCGUUUAUUUAUAGUAGUGAACGGAACUUUGGUCUUCUUCAUUCACUGUUGACCGGCUAUCUUGCUAGCUUGCCGUGCUAGGCUAGCGUUAGCUGAGGACUCCAUCUUUGAAACAGAAGUCAAACACAGAAAAACAGCAUGGUGGACAAGAAUAUCUAUAUCAUUCAGGGUGAAAUUAGCACGGUUGUUGGAGCUAUCAAGAGGAACUCCAGAUGGAAUACCCACACGCCACUGGACGAAGAACAGGAUCCAUUACUCAACAGCUUUGGCCACCUCAAGGAAGUACUCAACAGCAUAAAAGAGCUGUCGGAUGUUGAACCCAAUGUUUUCCUGAGGCCCUUUCUGGAAGUGGUCCGCUCUGAGGACACCACUGGACCAAUCACAGGCCUUGCCCUUACCUCUGUCAACAAGUUCCUUUCCUAUGGCCUUAUAGAUGCUAACCAUGAAGCAGCAGCAGAGGCCAUUGAGAACAUGGCAGAUGCCGUUACACACGCUAGAUUUGUUGGAACAGACCCUGCCAGUGAUGAAGUUGUCCUUAUGAAGAUUCUACAGGUCCUAAGAACUCUGCUGCUUACGCCAGUUGGAGCCCAUUUAACCAAUGAGUCUGUUUGUGAGAUCAUGCAGUCCUGCUUCAGAAUUUGCUUCGAGAUGCGCCUAAGUGAGCUCCUCAGGAAAUCGGCUGAACAUACACUGGUUGACAUGGUGCAGCUACUGUUCUCCAGGCUAUGCCAGUUCAAAGAGGAGGCCAAGAGUUAUGUGGGUGCCAACAUGAAGAAGGCUUACAAUAUAUUGUGGAAAAACAAACGCGUGCAGUUGAAAAUGCGUGCCGGUGGAAUGAGUGACUCCUCCAAAUGGAAGAAGCAGAAACGUUCUCCAAGGCCAUCUCGACAUAUGGUACGAAGUCCCUCCUGUCAGAUGGAUCCAACCCAGUCCAGCACACUCAGCAACAACAACCUUUCUGGUGGUGUUCCAUUCAUUGAGCAAGGCUUGUCCACCUCAAGCCUACCAGCCUCAGACAGUGCUGGCUCAUCCAUUCCCAGCCCUACAAUGACAGACAGUGGCCUGGACACCUGUUCCAAAGCCACCUCCAGGGAAGACCUUUCUGACCUAGAGCAGUAUAGCUCAUCUGCAGCCACACUCCCUGGCACUGGGCCUGGUUCUCCAGAUGCACAAUUUGAUGGCGGACAGGUUGAUCCAGCUCAGUCGGCUUCAGUGGAGUCUAUCCCUGAGGUUCUGGAAGACAAAGACUCCAUUACUGAACAGUCAGACAGCAGCUCUGUCCCUGACAAAGACUACGUUAACACUCAAGGAGUUCGUUUCACACAGUCCAUGCAAAGAGACGGAGCAUCCCUUAUCCCGUAUGGCCUGCCAUGUUUAAGGGAGCUUUUUCGUUUCCUGAUCUCACUGACCAACCCCCAUGACCGCCACAACACUGAUGCCAUGAUGCACAUGGGCCUGCAGCUCCUAACUGUAGCGCUUGAGUCAGCACACAUUGCAAACUACCAGUCUUUACUAGGACUGGUCAAAGAUGAGCUCUGCAGACAUCUCUUCCAGUUGCUGAGUAUGGACCGUAUGAACCUGUAUGCUUCCUCAAUACGUGUUUGCUUCCUGCUUUUUGAAAGCAUGAGAGGACAUCUAAAGUUUCAGCUUGAGAUGUACCUAAAGAAACUGAUGGACAUAAUCACAUCAGAGAACAUUAAGAUGCCUUAUGAGAUGAAGGAGAUUGCGCUUGAAGCUCUGGUUCAGCUGUGGAGGAUCCCCAGCUUUGUCACUGAGCUGUACAUCAACUAUGACUGUGACUUCUACUGCUCCAACCUGUUCGAAGACCUCACCAAGCUGCUUUCCAAGAAUGCGUUCCCAGUGUCAGGGCUCUACACCACUCACCUCUUGUCACUGGAGGCUCUCCUCACAGUGAUUGACAGCAUUGAAGCACACUGCCAGGCCAAGGUGCUCAACAGCACUACUCAACAAGACCAGUCAGAGGCACUGCUAGCAGAGGGAGAAGGUCCAAGCAAAAACGGAGCAGACACUCAAACAGGAUGUGUUUUCCUUUUGUCUUCAGAUCUUAAUAGAACUAGCAGUAGCAAUGGUCUGAGUCUUCCACAAGCUGAGAGUGCACCAGCAUGUCCACCAACCAGUGGACAUCUAAUGGCAGAGCAGAUGAAACUGGGUAGACAUGAUCAAGGAGACAAUGAUGCUGCUGAGAAGGGAGCUCCAAAAAAGCCUGAGCGUUUCUUGUCAUGGUUACCCGAUUGCCAAGAGUUGAUGGAAAUUAGAACAAAGAAAAAGCUGCUGAUCACAGGCACAGAGCAGUUUAAUCAGAAGCCCAAGAAGGGAAUCCAGUUCCUGCAGGAGACAGGUCUCCUCAGUAACCCCAUAGACAACAGCCAGGUGGCCCAGUGGCUCAGAGAAAACCCACGACUGGACAAAAAGAUGAUCGGAGAAUACGUCAGUGAUCGCAAAAACAUGGAGCUCUUGGACAGCUUUGUGAACACUUUCACCUUCCGGGGGCUUCGUAUUGAUGAGGCCCUGCGGCUUUACCUGGAAGCCUUUAGACUGCCUGGAGAGGCUCCCAUCAUCCAGAGACUACUGGAAACCUUCACAGACAACUGGCAUAAAGUGAACGGAUCUCCUUUUAUGACCAAUGAUGCGGGCUUUGCCUUGGCCUAUGCCGUCAUAAUGCUGAACACUGACCAGCAUAACCACAAUGUCCGCAAACAGAACAUCCCCAUGACUGUAGAGCAAUUCAAGAAAAAUCUGAAGGGAGUAAAUGGAAACCAAGACUUUGACCAGGCCAUGUUGGAGGAUAUCUACAAUGCUAUCAAGAGUGAGGAGAUUGUGAUGCCAGAUGAACAAACAGGUUUAGUGAAGGAGAACUACGUAUGGAGUGUUUUGCUGCAUCGUGGUGCCACACCUGAGGGUGUUUUCCUCCACCUGCCACCUGGCAGCUAUGACCAUGACUUGUUCACCAUGACCUGGGGUCCCACAAUUGCUGCCCUCUGCUAUGUUUUUGACAAGAGCCUGGAUGAGAACAUCAUCCAGAAGGCCAUCACUGGCUUCAGGAAAUGUGCAAUGAUCGCAGCUCACUAUGGCUUCAGUGAUGUUUUUGACAAUUUGAUCAUCUCCCUCUGCAAGUUCACCACUCUGAGCAGUGAGUCUGUGGAAAACCUUCCUACAGUGUUUGGCAGCAAUAGUAAGGCACAGACAGCAGCCAAGACAGUGUUUGACCUUGCUCAUCGGCACGGCAACAUCCUGAGGGAGGGCUGGAAGAACAUCAUGGAAUCCAUGCUGCAGCUGUUCAGAGCUGAACUCCUGCCCAAAUCCAUGGUCGAGGUGGAGGAUUUUGUGGAGCCGAAUGGGAAAAUUUCUCUUCAAAGAGAGGAAAUGCCUUCAAAUCGUGGUGAGUCAGCAGUGCUGAGUUUUGUCAACUGGCUGACAUUGAGUGGAGCUGAGCAGUCAGGACUCAGAGGCCCAUCAACAGAAAACCAGGAGGCCAAGCAGGCUGCUAUUCUCUGCAUAAAGCAAUGUGACCCAGAAAAGCUGAUCACAGAGAGUAAAUUCCUUCAGCUGGAGUCUCUGCAGGAGCUAAUGAAGGCUCUGAUAUUAGUGACCCCAGAUGAAGAGACUUAUGAUGAAGAGGAUGCUGCCUUUUGUUUGGAGAUGUUGCUGCGUAUUGUUCUGCAGAACCGAGACCGCGUGGCCUGUGUGUGGCAGACAGUCCGUGAUCACCUCUGCCACCUUUGCGUCCAUGCCAAUGAGAGCUGCUUCCUGGUGGAGAGGGCUGUUGUGGGACUCCUUCGACUUGCAAUUCGCCUGCUACGACGAGAAGACAUUAGCUCUCAGGUUCUCCUCUCCCUGCGUCUCCUGCUGAUGAUGAAACCUCAUGUCCUGUCCCGGGUCAGCAGGGAGGUGGCCUAUGGACUUCAUGAGCUGCUGAGGACUAAUGCAGCUAAUAUCCACAGUACAGAUGACUGGUACACACUCUUCUCCCUGCUGGAGUGCAUUGGGGCUGGAGUGAAACCCCCCGCCUCCUUCCAGUUCACCUCUACCACUGCUGACAAUGACACAGGUGCCCAGUCAGACAGUGAGCUGUCUUCUCACCAUCCCAGUGAAGUGAGUUUAGAGCGUGGCUACACAUCUGACUCCGAGGUUUACACUGAGCACAGCAAGACCAGGAUCCCUCGUUCUGAUGUAGAUAUAGCAAUCAGUGGAUGGCUUGUGGUUGGGAAAGAUGACCUGGAGAUGAGUAAGGCCCCUCCAGUAAGCUCUAAAGCUCAGCUGAAUCACCCACUGGUCAACCAGUACAGUUUGACACUGGGUCAGGAUCUGGGCCAGCAUGACACAAAAUCUCUAAUCAAGUGUGUGGAAACCCUCUCUUUCAUUGUCCGUGACGCUGCCCAUGUCACCCCUGACAACUUUGAGCUGUGUGUCAGAGCUAUACGAGUGUUUGUCGAGGCCAGCCUCAAUGGAGGAUACCGCAAUCACGACAAGAAGAAGAGCCACAAGUAUGACUCCUCCAAGUCGCGGAUGAGGAAGAAGGCUGGAGGGAGGGAAAAGGAGGGUGGAGCUGGCACAAGGCGAGGUGGCAGCCGUGCAUCCAGCCAGCGUCCAUCACGUUCCCACAGUGAUGACGAGGAGGAUGAGGGUGUCCCAGCCAGCUACCACACGGUGUCUUUACAGGUUAGUCAGGACCUGUUAGACCUCAUGCACACCCUGCACACCCGGGCGGCCAGCAUCUACAGCUCCUGGGCAGAGGAGCAGCAGCAUCUGGAGGCUGCAGGCAGGAAAAUUGAGGCAGACUCCCAGACUCUGUGGACCAGCUGCUGGUGUCCGCUGCUGCAAGGCAUUGCUUGGCUGUGCUGUGAUGCCAGGAGACAGGUUCGUAUGCAGGCCCUCACCUACCUACAGAGGGCGCUGCUUGUCCACGAUCUACAGACACUUGAUGCAACUGAGUGGGAGUCCUGCUUCAAUAAGGUGCUUUUCCCCCUGUUGACUAAGCUACUUGACAACAUCAGUCCGGCAGAUGUGGGUGGUAUGGAGGAGACCAGAAUGAGAGGCUGCACACUCCUGUCAAAGGUUUUCCUGCAGCACCUGUCCCCUCUGCUCUCCCUGCCUACCUUUGCUGCCCUCUGGCUCACCAUUUUGGAUUUCAUGGACAAAUACAUGCAUGCAGGAUCCAGUGACUUACUGUUGGAGGCAAUUCCUGAGUCUCUGAAGAACAUGCUGCUGGUGAUGGACACAGCAGGGAUCUUCCACAGUACGGACUCCAGGACAGGAUACUCAGACCUGUGGGAAAUAACCUGGGAACGAAUAGUCUGCUUCCUGCCUCACCUAAAGGAGGAGCUCUUCAAACAGACUGUCAUACCAGAUCCGGUGUCCAGUUCUCUAGCAGAGACUGUGCAGCCCACACCCCCCGCAGGCCGGCCUUCAUCCCCUCAGGUGUCUUCACCACCUGCCCAGCCGCCCUCCCCGAUCCCAGUAACCCCUGCAGAGGCACAGAUCCCCAUCAGGCCAGCAUCACCCCAGGAGUUUCAACCAACCAGUGCCACUGGAUCAGGCCAAUCAUCUCCUGUCCCGCCCUCGACUCCACCUAUGCCAGUGCCGUUAACAUCCACUGCGCAGGCUCCCUCACCCAUGAGCCAGUCCCCUCUCAUCCUGCAGCCCCUCGCCUCUCCCCUGCAGGUAGGAGUCCCACCAAUGUCCCUACCAAUCAUCUUGAACCCUGCCCUCAUCGAGGCCACAUCCCCUGUACCACUGCUUCCUGGUCCCAGACCUACGAGCCCCUCUGAUGAGGUCCAGUAAGCUACCCCACAGCCCCAUUGCCUGGUCUUUAUGAACUGGACUGAACAGACUUCAGUUCCCUCUUCAAAAGCUGUUUGUCACCAGUUUAUUAAAAUGUUGAAAUAUGUGCGAGAAGACUAACUACUGGUGGGUCGACACCUCAUAUAUGCCAUAUGUUGGUUAAAAAGGGUUAGGUGAGGGGUAAGAUUAGACUUCAACAUCUGACACUGUUAAAAUACCAUUAGUUGCUGGUGUACCAUGCAUCUUUGUGCCAUUCUUGUGCUAUAAAUUUUCUAAUUACUGUGGAUAAAUGACUAAAUGUGAUAUGUCCAGAUAUUCAGGAACUGAAAAUUAAGGAAGACAUUCCUUCUUUGAAGAACAGUCCCAGUAAAAGAGUGACGGGUGUCAGUGGGGCUUCACCAGAACAAGCAGGGCUGGCGUUACCACUGAGACCAGAGCUUUCUAUUUCUGGUCAGAACAUCCUGGGGAGAGUUUGUGUUUUAUUACGCACAGGGGGCAUUUUACAGGCUGAUUCUAGUGUUUAUAAACCAAACACAAUCACAUAACAAUACAAAAGAUUCAGUAUUUCCCUGCCAGGAGGUAGUAGGAUACACAAGGGUAAGAAUUAAAAUAUGUACUAACACCUGCCGUGGGGGUCUGGUCUCAUGACCUCAGGAUCAUGGCCCUGGCUGCGGCACUUUUUCCUAAACUUAACUCCUAAAUAGCCUUGAUAAAAGGGUUAUAUGUGAGGGUAGAAUUAAUGCUGACAUCACUAUCAGGUGAAUGGGAUUUGGACGAUCAGUCUCCAAACACAUGAUGUUGUUUCAGGAACCAGACGUUUUUUCUAGGAAGAGAAACGAGUGUAGGAGACACUUCUCACCUGAAGGCAGCAGCAUGUUUUUUCCUUUCAGAGGACCCCCCCCUUAGAUCUGACCUUGAUAAGACCAUGAUGACCUCACGGCUUCACUCCUAUGCCUGUGCUACAUGGCCACCUAUAGGUUUGAGGCAGGGACAGGUUGGAUUUUAACUACUGCAUGUUGUCGAUUAUGUUCCAGAGCUUUAAUUUCAGUCGGAUAAAGUUGGUAUUUCACCCGCUAUUAUCGCCAGUGUCUGAAGACUGUUCAGAUAAACAACUUUUUUUUUUUACAGAAUGUCACUUAGUUUUGCAUCAGAGGCCAAAUUUGGCUCUGUUUUGCUGUUACUGGCCAAAGACGGACACUGGCCUGUGAUAUUUAUUCCGACCCAUUUUAUUUCAAUUCAACGUGAGGUUUUUGUCCUACCAACAAAAAAAAAAAA